AUGGCAGUUCCUAAGCAGUGUGCAGAGAGCCGUCUGGAAGAGGUGACUGCUCCUGUCUCUCUUCAGCCUCUGCUUUAUCAGGGAAUCAGAACAUGCCACAAGGAGAAGCUGAACGAGCGGCUCGCAAAACUCUCAGAUGGAGUAGUUGUAUUGAAGGUUGGAGGAACAAGCGAUGUUGAGGUGAAUGAGAAGAAAGACAGAGUUACAGAUGCUCUCAAUGCCACACGAGCAGCUGUGGAAGAGGGCAUCGUGCUAGGCGGGGGCUGCGCUCUGCUUCGCUGCAUCCCGGCCUUGGAUUCCCUAAAGCCUUCUAAUGAGGAUCAGAAAAUAUGUAUAGACAUUAUUAAAAGAGCACUCAAAAUUCCCGCGAUGACCAUUGCUAAGAAUGCAGGUGUUGAAGGGUCUUUGAUAGUUGAGAAGAUUCUGCAGAGUUCCUCGGAAGUUGGGUAUGAUGCUAUGCUCGGGGAAUUUGUGAACAUGGUGGAAAAGGGAAUCAUUGAUCCGACAAAGGUCGUAAGAACUGCUUUACUGGAUGCUGCUGGGGUGGCCUCCUUGCUAACGACAGCAGAAGCUGUAGUGACCGAAAUUCCUAAAGAAGGGGAUGGGAGGUGGCAUGUCCUUCUGUUUUUAGGAAUGUCUGGAGUACUUUGA